AAGGCGACAGGGUACAUUCAUACACUCUUACCCCAAUAAGAGUCACAAGAUAAAUCCCAAGGAACAGGAUUGACAGGAUAGGAAAGCAGAAAUAAAACAUAUUUCUGCAACAUAAAAUUAUGUUUAUUUAUUAAGAUUUUAUUUAUUAUAAUGUUUGAUUUUUUCUCUUGUGAAUUACGGAAUCAUUUGCUCUCUUCAAGCCUCCUAAAGCUAAAUCCACUGCCCUAACAGGUUAAUCUGGCCAUGGUCUCAAACUGUAAAUUAAAUAUAUGACAUUCUAGUAGCCCAAAGGUCAGGUACUUUAGGUUCAGUGAGAGCAAACUGGAAGACUUAAGUACUGACAGCUUUCAAUAAGCAGAUCACAUGUUGCUCAGAGAUGCAUUAGGUAUCAUGUCUAUGGGGUAAUUACCAUUGGUGGAAGAAGUAUAUCCAUCUUCUACUUACGUAAAAGUAGCAAUACCCCAUAAUAAAAAUACUUAAUUACGUAAGUAAAAGUCCUACGUGUAGUCAAAUUGAAAUUUCAAUCGAAAAUACAUUAGAAAAUAUUUAUAAGAAUAUAACUGUGACAGAGAUUGUAUCUUUUUUUCCUCAAAGCUCGCAUAAAACCCACACACCAAGCUUAUUGCCAAGGGGAGGCGCGGCCAAGGAGGACAGGAAAAAUAUGAAUUAUGGUCCGCCCUCUAGAAACAGCUCAAGGCAGACUGACUGACACACACAGGAAUCCUGGAGGAGAAAGAAAGAAUAACAGCACUUUUACUUUGAAACUGGGAAGCGUCACACUCCUGGACACAGACAUGCGCUGGAAAAGUGAAGUAAAAGUAGAGUGUUGCGUUAGCGAGGACGAAAACGGAUCUCUGUUGUCCAACGAUGAGUGAAAGGCAUGAUAUUUAUGGGAAGGAGCAGGGGGCAUUUAAGGCAGCUGCUACAGUCUGACAGACCAACAUCCUCUUCCCGCCGUAGCUUCUCGUCAUGUGUGAAGAUUGCAAAGGAGACGAAGAGCUGCUAGGCAAAUGCACUGAGGACAGGAGAGACAUAAUGGGCGCACCGGUGGAAGUUUUGGAUGAAGACGCGUCGUCGCUGCAGACGAUGGCCUCUGCCCCUCUGUUAGGCAGAGCUGUGUGCGCGAGCUGCAACGAGGAAAUUGUGGAUAAAUAUUUAUUAAAGGUUAACGACCUGUGCUGGCAUGUGCGCUGCCUCUCCUGCAGCGUGUGCCAGACUUCACUUGGCAGCCACACGAGCUGCUACAUCAAAGAAAAAGAGAUUUUCUGUAAACUGGAUUACUUUCGAAGAUACGGCACCUGGUGCGCGUGCUGCGGCCGGAACAUCCACUCCACAGACUGGGUCCGCCGGGCGAAGGGGAACGUGUACCACCUGGCCUGCUUCGCCUGCUUCUCCUGCAAGAGGCAGCUGUCCACUGGGGAGGAGUUCGCUCUGGUGGAGGAGAAAGUGCUCUGCAGGGUCCACUACGACUGCAUGCUGGACAACCUGAAGCGGGCCGUGGAGAAAGGGAACAGUGUCAACAUGGAGGGGGCUGUGCCCACUGAACAGGAGAUUAACCAGCCAAAACCCUCCAAGAGAGCGCGGACCAGCUUCACUGCCGACCAGCUGCAGGUGAUGCAGGCCCAGUUUGCUCAGGACAACAAUCCAGAUGCCCAAACACUGCAGAAACUGGCGGAGCAGACGGGCCUCAGUCGAAGAGUCAUACAGGUCUGGUUCCAGAACUGCCGAGCACGCCACAAGAAGCACGUGAGCCCCAACCACACCUCCAGCACCCCCAUGACCUCACUGCAGCCCAGCCGCCUGUCCCAGCCCACCCCGACCCCCGAGGAGCUGCAGUACACAGCUUAUGGAGGCCCGGAGGGAUCAAUGCUCUCAGCACUACACUCCUUCAUAGACAUACACUCCCCUCCACCCAUGUUUCAACCGCUGCUGCCCGCCCACGCCAUGACCUCCCUGCCUGUGUCUCAUGCCUGAGCUUCUCUCUCUCUCUCUCUCUCUCACACACACGCACACAGCAGCCUCAGACUUCACCAGCGAUGGUCUGUCAUUAGCAGCUGCAGUAUUCAGAUCUCCAUGGUAAAUAUAAUUUCAUUUUAAGUGAAUCAUAAAACCUUUCCUUUUCUUGAACUGCCAGUAAUUCAUUACAUGUUGACAUUCUUUGAAAACACUUUAUUCACUGUUGAGCAUAUUAUGGAUGACUAUAAUUUACAGUCCUAAAUGUACUGUAUAAUGUGGAAAUGGAAAGGUUUCAGUGUAGGAUUGUGACAUAUGACAUUAUAGAUUUAUAUUUGUUUGUGUAGUUGGUGACACAGUUUGACCGCGCUACCCAAAAUGUCAACUCAUUAUGAAGGUGAACUUGAAAUUGUUUGUAUAGCAGUGUUUGAAUAUUGCAAUUUAAUUUAUUUAUUGUAUGUGAAGUCUGUUUUGAAAAUAAAUGUCUACUUUCACAAACCCGGGA